AUGACGUCGCACGGUCGUGACUCGGGGGACAGCACCAUGAGCAGCUCGGAAGAGAAUCAAUCAGCGACGGGCAUCUCCACGCUGCUCACGGGUCGAGCCUCACGUUUGCGUCUUGUGACUUGCGUGCAGGCCAACGACUUUGGCACUUGCCCUCGUGUCCUCUGCGAACAGCAGGCGGUUUUGCCGGUGGGUGUGUCGGAUGUGCCCGGCGACGCUACGGUCAAGCUCUUUUGCCCUCGCUGCAAUGACAUCUACACCCCCAAGGCGUCGCGCCAUCAGCACGUGGAUGGCGUCUACUUUGGAACCACUUUCCCGCACAUGUUGUUCGCCGUGCAUCCCGAGUUUCGCCCAACGCAACAAGUGACGCACUACGAGCCCAAGAUCUAUGGCUUCAAGCUGCAUGCCACCGCGUAUGAAGAGAUGAAGAAGCGCCGCGAUGUCGAGCGGGAUAUUGAGACGGCCGUGGCAAGCAUGCGUACUGCGCGCAAGUACUAG